AUGAAAAAAUUAUAUUGUGAAAUUUUUAAAAAAAAAAAUAAUUUUUUUUUAAAUAAUAAUUCUUAUCUUAACUAUGGGAUCAACAGAAUAAUUACAGGGGAAUAUGUUAAAUUUUAUACAAAACGUGAUUUUUUAAAAUUAAGGAAAUUUAAUUAUAAAAAUUUAUCUACUUUUGAAAAAAAUAAAAUUAAUGUGAAUAAAAAAGAAGAUAUAAAUGUUAAAGAAUACAAUUAUUCAAAAAAAAUGAAUAUUAAAGAAAAUAUGUUAAAAAAUGAAUCUUACUCAAAAAAAGAAAACCUAGACAAAAACAUUGUAGAAAAAAAAGAAACGUUAAAUGAAGACAAAAAGGAGAAAAAAGAAAAAGAAAAAAAAAAUGAUUUGAUAAAAAGUUUAUCAGAAGAAUUUGGUUAUAAAUAUGAAAAACAUGAACCAACAAUGUUUGGAGAUUGGUCGCAUAAUUGUAGAGUAACUGAUUUUUAA